AUGUCGUCCCUUAAGAGGCCUCUUCCAGAACAGUUGCCUACGCCCGAGGAAUUGGCCCGGGUGUUUAAAAGGCCUGCUCUAGAGCUGCCUGACCAGCCUGAACAGCAGCCAAAGUCAAUGGCUCCACUUCCACCGCCACAAGUCAACCUAGAAAAAGCACUAGAUGCUCCGCUUAGACAUGGCGUUCCGGCUACGAUAAUGCCUGUUUUAUAUCCUCCUUACGGUCCUCAUGAUUUUUUUUCAGACCUCCACAGCUACUCGGAUGAGGAAGCCGUGCAGAGAAAAGCACAGAUUAAUCAAAUAAUGCAUAGGUUUCCACCUCCAGCACAGCCAUUAAUACCGAAUGAGCUGCCUGCUAAUGAUGGUGGCAUUGCUGUGCCUUUUAUAUUUCCUCCAGUGCCACUCCUUCGACCAGACUUCUACUUGAAUGAUACACUCUUGAGACCGGUACCAAACCAGACAACUGCUUCUGUGUCUCCACCUACGCCUUAUGCACCUCAAUCAGCAGAUAAUAAGAGACUUGGAAUGGAACAUCAGACGAUCUGGCCUGUUAUUCCUCCUCUACCGUUUCCACCGCCUAAUUACAUGCCAUAUCCAUUAAUAGCACAUAAGGCGCCACUAACGCCUGGGGAGGUUUUCGAGGAAUGGAUAGCAGCACUGGAACACUUACCAAGAGUAGAUAUGGUAGUGGCUAGUGCUGCUGGCUCGAUGGUGGAUAUAAGAAGUCAGUCCGAGGCUUUGGGCUUCGAUAUCGAGAAGCUAGAUAAAUGGAUGAAACAGAGACAACAGGAAUCGGAUCCCGAGGCUGAAGAAGGUGUCAAGAGUGAAAAUGAGCUGGACGAAGACCAGGAUGACUACUUGGCGUAUGUUAAUCAGGUGGAUACCACAGAUGUCUUUGACAUCUAUGGUAAGGAUAGGGAGAAUAUUGUUGUUGUUAAUUCAGACCUACGCAAUGAGUAUUUGAAUGUUGCACAUGAAACCACAGAAGGAACUGAGGUUCAGCAUCCAAAGACACAUGAAUGGUCUAAGGAAGAUGUUCCAGAAGGUGCUUCUGAUGUCACCCCACGUCAGAACUUCUUGAAGUAUGGUAAAGAUGUUGUUCAUGCCACUGGUGGCACAAAAGAUAAGAGAAGAAAAGAUCUUUUAGAGUCAACUAACGCCUUAAACAGAUUCACCGAACGGAAUAGGCGCCAGUUAUAUUUUGCUCGCAAGCUUCAACUUCUAAACCGUUUGCGUACACUUCAAAACGCAAGAGUUUCUCUCGAUGAUGAAAAUAUGUCAGUUGAUGACGAUGAGUUCGAAGAUUACUUUAGAAAAAGAAAAAUGAGCGCAGCUCUUUUGUUUUACCAAUCAUCCAACAGCACAUAUAAAGGGCUCAACAGAAUCGUCAUCAACAAACUACGCAAGCUCAAAUACUUUCUUGAACAUCAGCAGCUGGUCUUUGCUGGUAUCGUGUCGAAUGGACUGGACCCAGAGAUCUUGAACUUGCGAAGCAAAGAAAGUGCCAACUUGAUGAACUCAUUUGUCGACCAAGACUUCUCCAGCGACGUCAAGCAGGUGUUCAGAAAUGCUACAAUGAACGAAGACAGAGGAUUGCCAACGGUAUCAAAUCCACCUGACGUGAACGUCUCCAGCUUCAAUAAGGUUUACACCAAUAGAGAGCACUCGCCUCUGGUGAAUGAUUACAUGCCAUUGGCUACAGAGGAAGAGUUCAAGCUUGUUACUGGCGAUGCACCAUCUAAAUUGAAUACCAAAGAUCAAGCUCUCAAGGGCAAAGUCGCAAGACACCAAAUCUUCCAGAGUCCAUUAUAUGAAAGGCUUACUUCUGGUUCUGAUUCGAAUGCUUCCGACAGUACAGCCUCCACAACGAAAAGAAGACCUGGCAGAAGGGCAGCACCCAAGCCAAUGCUUGGAGAAGAGCCUAGCAAGGAACGUAGUGAGGCUGCUCUCGUUGCUAAGAUCAUGAAGCAGUUCGUUGGACCAGCAGCAGCUAAUCCAGACGAACUUACAGAGGAUCUUGAUUUGAUGAAGGUCGACACGAGGUGGCCUGUCAGGUAA